AUGCAGCUGAAUAUCAACGUGACAGAGAUCAUUCUUCUUGGCUUGACACAGGACCCCAGUAGGAAGAACAUAGUAUUUGCUAUUUUCCUGUUCUUUUACAUGGGGACAUUACUGGGUAACUUGCUUAUCAUUAUUACUAUUAAGACAAGCCAGGCCCUUGGGAGUCCCAUGUACUUCUUCCUGUUCUACUUAUCCUUGUCUGACACCUGCUUCUCUACAACUGUAGCUCCUAGAACAAUUGUGGAUUCCCUGCUUAAGGAGACCUCUAUCUCUUUCACUGAGUGUAUAAUUCAAAUCUUCACAUUUCAUUUCUUUGGCUGUCUUGAGAUCUUUAUCCUCAUCCUCAUGGCUGUUGACCGCUAUGUGGCCAUCUGUAAGCCCCUGCACUACAUGACCAUCAUGAGCCGCCGGGUCUGUGGGAUGUUGGUUGCCAUAGCCUGGGUAGGUUCCUGUGUGCAUUCUUUAGUUCAGAUAUUUCUGGCCUUGAGUUUACCCUUCUGUGGUCCCAAUGUCAUGGAUCACUAUUUCUGUGACUUGCAGCCACUAUUGAAACUUGCCUGUUCAGACACAUACAUGAUCAACUUGCUUCUGGUGUCCAACAGUGGAGCCAUUUGUACAGUAAGUUUCCUUGUGCUGAUGCUCUCCUAUGUCAUUAUUCUUCAUUCCCUAAGAAACCACAGUGCUGAGGGGAGGAGGAAAGCCCUAUCCACCUGCAUAUCCCACAUUAUUGUGGUCAUCCUGUUCUUUGGACCUUGCAUCUUUAUAUACACACGUCCUGCAACAACAUUUCCUUUGGACAAGAUGAUAUCUAUAUUUUAUUCAAUUGGGACACCUCUGCUCAAUCCUCUGAUUUACACACUGAGGAAUGCAGAGGUAAAAAAUGCCAUGAAGAAGUUAUGGAGAAAGAAAGUGGUGUCAGAUGAUUGA